AUGUCGGGAAAGGCUGGGCUAGUUGAGCAGAUCAAGGGCAUGCAGCGGUCAGAUCCCUAUGGAAGGCAGACCUGGUGGGACUACUGCGAGAUGCAUUUAGGAGGUGUGAAAGAUCCCAAUCGACAUGAUGAAGGCACCCUCGCGACUUUCCUCAGCCUCUACAACUCGGGCGGCAUCCCUCCCUCGGAACCCAGACCCGAUACACAUGGAAAUCCGUAUGGAGCAUGCGGCGGCUGGGGAGGCGGCAAGGGCUAUGACAUGAUGGGUGGUGGAGGAUCUUGGGAUCCCAUGAUGGGAGGUCAAGCUGGUGGUCCAGGCAACUUCGGCUGUGGCGGAGGAGCCUCUUUAGGUGACUUUGUGAAGACUGGUCAGCGCCAGUCCAAGCAUUGGACCAAUGCAUGGCAGACAUACUGCGCCCUUUAUGGAGGUGGCAUCAAUGACCCAUCCAAACACGAGGAUUCCUUCACCAAGAGCUUCAUUGAAUAUGUCGGAGAGAUCGCUGCGAAUGGAUUGUCAGCUUUGGCAUCGUCACAGGGCAUCAACCUGGAAGAGGUGGUCGGCCAGAGUGGCGGCACAAAGCGACCAGCAACAGGAGGCGCAGCUAGCCCUGCAGGCAUGCCUGCCAAGCAGGGGCGCUUUGACAUGGACACCAGCGCGCAGAAGCAGGCCCUGGUGGACAAAGUGAAGCAUCUUCAGAGGACCAACAUGUCUUCCAAGGAAUCUUGGUGGGUGUAUUGUGACCAGCAGUGCGGUGGCAUGCGAGACCCUAUGCGCCAUGAUGUGAACUCCUUAGAGGCAUGGUUGGCAUCGCAGGGAGUAGUUGAGGACCCUGCACUAUAUGCGGCCAGGAUGCAGCAGCCCCUGACCAUCAAGUACAUCGAUCCGACCUACACCAUCCGGGCGGUGCCGGCCAACACCAACGACAGCGUGUACUGCAGCGUCCUGGGAGCGCAUGCCGUGCACGUGGCCAUGGCGGGCUACACCGGCAUUGUGGUGGGCAAGGUGGAUGAACGUUACGUCAUGCUGCCGAAUCAUGCCAUCACCAAAGCUCCAGCUAGGCGCGAAUUCAACCAGUGA